AUGUCGCCCGUGAAACAAGAGGAGAUAAAAAAGGGAGUCAAUAAUCUCGACCUGUAUUCAUCCCCCCAAGAAGAGUUAACUAGUACACACUAUAGUCAUAAAAUGGAUACAUCUCCGAUAGCCCAUUUGCACACAUUUUCUUGAGAACUAAGGGAUUUCCAAGCAUAUCUCAAACCCAAUUGACCCACCGACCAUCACCGUGAGAAUUGAAAAUUUAUGUCUUCAGCCAAACUUUUUCUCCUAUUUAUGAUUUUGGUUAUUCCUGCCUCGUUAAUAUAUGCUGUGUUUGUCCAGGUUGCACUAAUAUACCCAAUGCGUUCUGAGCUGUCUGAAUUUUCCUAUUAAAUCUAUCUCCAACUCUACUUUUUGAUCUAAACAUAUUGAGAGCCUUGAUGAACAGAUCUUAAGGCAUUCAUAGAUUCACAAACAAAUGAUAAAGACGAAUGGAAAAACUAUAGUUAUUUGAUACAGUCAAGAACAAUAUUACUGAUGGAAAAGGACCAAAGUAAUACAAGAAGGUUGAAGGCAAGAUUCAAUCUUCCCAAAGCUUAAAGUCCUUUGAGAACGGAAAAACUCUAAAGGAAUGUUCUCAAAGCAUAUGCAUCCCACGGGGGGAAUGCAGAGGAAAGAAGAGAAAGUCCACCUGAAACCCAAAAACACCAUGGAAGGCGUUUUAAUAGAUAUACUGCAAGUAGACCACGGAGAAAAACACUGUCACCAGUAUAAACAUAAGGUGAAUGUGAUCUAAAAAUUCCUGCGUGUCAUCCACAAAAGUACUCAUAAUGGUGACGAUGUUAGAAUCGAAUCCUCUUGGUGCAGACUAUGAACGUGUUUUAUGGAUGUUUUUUGAGAGUACAGUGAACAUACACUGGCGUACCCUCUACUUUUGAAUGGGAAUGAAUAUAUGUUAUAGAAAACAAUUGAACCAUCGGAGAAUUUUCCUGAAGAGGAAAUUAGGAGUCGUAGCAAUGUAACUACUGGGUACGGGUAACAACAAUUAGAGGAAAACGCAAUUAACACCUAGGAAAGGCCAAACUAAUCACACGCCGGGACAUGAGUUCCUGGGCUGGUGAGAUAUUCCGUCUCAAUACAGUGGUCAUAAAACGCAGCCCAAAAGAAGACGUUGAAUUGAAGAGUGCCGACCUUCUUAAGUGCGAGCCUCUGUAA